AUUAAAACCCUCAUCAGUCAUCGCUUUAAUCCCAAUUCCCUCCAAAGAAACACCCCAUUAGCAAUUUAGCAUGUUGUUUUUCCUAAAAGUUCCCUUUGUUGUUCCUUCUACUACUUAAACUUCCUACUUGCAUUACAAUACAAGCACCCUCAAACAAGAAGAAAUUUUUAAAAACUCGAGAAUUUCCAUUUAUACACCGCUUUUCAAUAAUACAACGGCUUCUUUCCUUUUUUAUUGCUCACUCAUAGUUAUCCAUCUCUCUCUUCUGUGUAAAACUAAUGAGUUCUGGAGGAGGAACUAGCACCUUUGUCAUUAAAUGGAUCAACUUUCUCACUACGUUUAUAGCAAUAGGAGUGAUUGGAUUUGGAAUAUGGAUGAGCAGUCAUACUGAUGGUUGCAGAAAAUCCCUCACUCUUCCUGUUCUAGCCCUUGGUGCUAUUAUUCUUGUAAUAUCAUUGAUUGGUUUCUUGGGGGCAUGGAAGAACAACUCCAUAUUAUUAUGGAUUUACUUGAUAUUGUUAUGCUUGAUCCUUGUGGCAAUCUUGAUCUUCACCGUAUUGGCAUUCAUUGUGACAAAUAAUGGAUCAGGACACAGGGUAGCUGGGUUAAGAUAUAAAGAGUAUGAACUGCAAGAUUACAGUUCGUGGUUUCUGAAGGAACUAAAUGAUAGCCAUAACUGGAAGAAUUUAAAGGCAUGUCUCGUGAAAUCUAAGGACUGUGCAACUCUGUCGAAGAAGUAUAAGACUUUGAAGCAGUAUAAAGCAGCGAAACUGACUCCCAUCGAGGCCGGCUGUUGCAGGCCUCCAUCUGAGUGUGGAUAUCCUGCUGUCAAUGCUUCACACUAUGAUUUAACCUAUCACCCAGCCAGUUCUAACAGAGACUGCAAGCUGUAUAAGAACUCGAGGACCAUUAAGUGCUACAAUUGUGAUUCUUGCAAAGCAGGAGUUGCUCAGUACAUGAAAAUAGAAUGGAGGGUGGUUGCAAUAUUCAACGUGGUCCUUUUCUUUGUUUUGUCAAUAGUGUACUUUGUGGGAUGCUGUGCGAGGCGGAACGCUGGCUCUAGUGGCUCGAAAGGCUGACGAAAAGGAAGUGGCCUGUUCUAGGAAUCGGACAUGAAAACAAGCAAGCUCUAUAAUGUUGUAUGCCAGUGAAGAACUUGAUUUGGAGCAUAUCUUUUUGCAUGUUGUAUUAUUGCUCUUGCACUGUAUAUUAUUAGGCUCAUUUGGAGCACUCAAACCAUUACAUUUGAGGAAAAGAAAAGAGAAACGAUUAAUGCAUUAAGACUAAGGGUAUAACUCUCUUUUAUUUUAGUGGCUGCAUUUUUUUUCAGUUUGAAGAUUAUUUUGGCGGCUAUGUUGAAGGCUUGAAGCUGUAGAUUUGUAGUCAUUGUAAAAGCUUUCAUUUUUUGUUGCUCACGUUAUGAACUUAUAUUAACCACUAGGCUAAUACAUCCUUGGUUAGCCAAUCUAUUAUAUAUUUUUUAUCCA